AUGAAUAUUAUAUUAAUUUGUAUAACGGUUGUCAGUGUUUUUUUGACGACUAAAGUAUUUUAUGCUCAGAGGUGUGAAAAAGCCCAGGCGUGUAUAACUGAUUUGACGGCGGAAGAUUGCGGUGUAGGUCUUUAUACCUUAACCCGAAACAGUCACAUAUUUAACUGCUGUCCGGGAUGUACGCUCAAUGCACCAGAAGAAGAAGAAGAAGAAGAAGAAGAUGAGGAUGACGUUUAUUUAGACCAUGAGUGCAUUCCACCCGCAAACUGCCUGCCCGACGGUUCAUUUUCACCUGUACAAUGCAAAGGCGAUUCAUUUACUGGCAGAUGUUUCUGCGCGGAUAAAAAGGGUCGAAGAAUAUUUGGACAAAUGUGGAGGAGAGAAGCGAGCGAGAUGUCAUGCGCUUGCAGCAGAGCAAGACGUAACUUAGAGGAGGAAGGAAACGUUGUGACCUUUCACUGCACAUCCACUGGCGAUUACGAACCUCUACAAUGCAACCAAGGAAUGUGCUGGUGCACUGAACCAAAAACUGGACAGCCGACAGUGACUCCUGUCCCAGAGAAGGACAUGACAAUGUUGCCAUGUUACAGUUCAUCGUCCGUCGGUGAGCAAUAUUUAAGAAGAUGCGAGAGUAUCGCUUUCGCCCUAUCAACCAUACAGAAAGAGCAAACGGAACAUGGAACUCAUUUCUACGGCAAUCCAACGACAUUUUGUGAUUAUGACGGAAGUUAUGGCUCUUAUCAAAUUCAGAAUGGAAUAGCCUAUUGUACCGGACGUGAUGGGAAAAUUUUGGGAUCCUGGCAAGCCAUUGUGAACGAAAUGAACAACAUGAAUUGUAACUGCGCUCGUGACUCUGCGUUACAUUUCCCGGAGCGUGGCAUGACGGUGGCUGAAGUAUGUCAGCCUAAUGGCAACUAUCGACCAGACCAAUUUGGUAAUGGUCGUCUCUACUGUGUGGACUCCGACGGGUACUCGCUAGAACGCAAAGAUUGGCCAGAAGUUUGCGUUCAAGCCAGCAACGGCGCGGCAUGA